CUUUGUUACAUUUAUGUCAUUUCAGAUUUUCAAAUAAAAAGCAAAGCGUGAGGAAGAGACAGAGGAGCAGCCGAGCCUCUGCCGGUUCGUUCCCCUCACUGUGCAUAGCUGGCUGCGUGCUGCACAUCGCCUUCAUCGGGAGACAAAGCGAGGCAGAGGUAACACAGGAGCGAAUCUACACCUGUCUGUGGAUUUAAAGAGCGACGAAGAGGAUUUGAAAUUGUCAGUGCUGCGACAGGGAUCCGCUCCACACCGCUGGUCAGAUAAGAGAUCCCAGUGGGAACAGGUGUUGCUCCUGACUCACGUAAACUUGAGCAAACAUCAGCGCAGGAGAGCUGGAAGUGCACACAGCCCGAACUCUUCUGCAGAGGGAGUGUUUGCUCAUAGAGGUGGGAUCCUUGUGGCCGGCCCAGAUUGGAAGGACGUACAAAGUUCUGGUGAGAGGUCAGUGAAAGCAGCAGUACCAGUGGAUGGAGAUGAUGUCCAUGCAAAUGAGUGAGGCAGACAGCGUGGUGAAGGUGGCAGAGUGGCAGCAGACUUACUAUGCCACAGACUCUGGCAUCCAAUCGGGAGCUACCACAGUGCAGGAUGACGAGAGCAGCACUGAGUAUAGUGGCAACAAGAAGUACACAAACAGUACUACAACCAGCACUGGCUCUGUACCUGUUAAGGCCACAGUGGGGGGAGGUGGAGACUCAGCAUUCAGUGGAGUAGAUAGCCCAACAGAUUUAGAAGCUCAGUACUCUCUUACCCGGGCUCAGCGGGUCAGGGCUGCUAUGUUUCCAGAGACUCUGGUAGAAGGGGAGGCAGCCAUGCCUGUCCAGUCAGAUCCCUCGCAGCAGAGCAAUGUGCAACGACUGGCGGAACCUUCCCAGUUGCUAAAGACAGCUCUUGUCCACCUGAUAAACUACCAAGAUGAUGCUGAACUGGCCACCAGGGCAGUGCCAGAACUCACCAAGUUGUUGGGAGAUGAGGAUCCGGUUGUCGUGAACAAGGCGGCCAUGAUUGUCAACCAGCUAACCCGUAAGGAGGCCAGUCUCCGUGUGCUGGUGCAGUCUCCAGCCAUGGUGGCUGCCGUGGUGUGUGCCAUGACGACAGCAGCUGACAUGGAGACGGCUCGUUGCACAGCCAGUGUGCUUCACAGCCUAUCACACCAGAGGGAGGGACUGCUGGCCAUAUUCAAGGCUGGAGGGAUACCAGCACUGGUCCGAAUGCUAAGUUCACCAGUAGAAUCAGUCCUAUUUUACGGAAUUACCACUCUUCACAACCUGCUGUUGCAUCAAGAGGGAGCUAAGAUGGCUGUGCGUCUUGCUGAUGGCCUGCAGAGAAUAGUUCCCUUAUUGAAAAAGAGCAACCCAAAGUUUUUAGCCAUUACUACAGAUUGUCUGCAACUCUUGUCCUACGGAAACCAGGAAAGCAAGCUGAUUAUUCUAGCCAAUGGGGGUCCAGAGUGUUUGGUUUUCAUCAUGAGAAACUACAACUAUGAGAAGCUGCUUUGGACCACAAGUCGUGUUCUUAAAGUGCUGUCUGUCUGUCCCAGCAACAAACCAGCUAUAGUAGAAGCUGGAGGCAUGCAGGCUUUGGGGCAACAUCUUACAGGGUCUAGCCAGCGUCUGAUCCAGAACUGUCUAUGGACACUCCGUAAUCUGUCAGACGCAGCAACCAAACAGGAGGGAUUAGAUGGUCUGCUGCAGAUACUGGUCACUCAGCUGGGCUCAGAUGAUGUGAACAUGUUAACCUGUGCCACAGGCAUUCUGUCCAACCUGACAUGCAAUAACUCACGCAACAAGACACUGGUGACUCAGUAUGGUGGAGUGGAGGCAUUGAUCCAUGCUGUGCUUCGUGCUGGGGAGAAGGAGGAUGUUGCUGAACCUGCGGUCUGCGCCCUGCGGCAUCUCACCUCCCGCCACCAAGAUGCGGAGCUCGCCCAGAAUGCUGUGCGUCUGCACUAUGGUAUCCCAGCUAUUGUUAAACUACUGGGCCAGCCCCACUACUGGCCUGUAGUAAAGGCCACAGUUGGACUCAUCCGGAAUCUGGCACUGUGCCCAGCUAAUCAGGCAUCACUGAGAGAGGCAGGUGCAAUUCCACGACUGGUGAACCUGCUGCUCAAAGCUCACCAGGAUACACAAAGACAUGCCUCCUCUACACAGCACACAUACCAGGAUGGCGUUCGCAUGGAGGAAAUAGUAGAGGGCUGCACAGGAGCGCUUCAUAUUUUGGCCAGAGACCCUAUAAACAGAGGAGAGAUUUCCAGCAUGCAGACCAUACCACUGUUUGUACAGCUGCUGUAUUCGUAUGUGGAGAAUGUGAAAAGAGUGUCUGCAGGAGUACUGUGUGAGCUAGCCCUGGACAAACACUCUGCAGAGCUCAUAGAUGCAGAAGGAGCAUCAGCACCACUCAUGGAGCUGCUGCACUCGACCAACGAGGGAAUUGCUACCUAUGCCGCAGCAGUGUUGUUCCGCAUUUCGGAAGACAAGAGUUCCGACUACAGGAAGAGAGUGUCAGUGGAGCUUACACAUUCGCUGUUCAAGCAUGACCCUGCUGCCUGGGAAAUGGCCCAUACUGCAGUUCCUUUGGAGCCUACGUAUCUUCCAGAUGAGUUAGAUGGCUCUUACCCCCCAUAUGGCUAUGCUGAUCUGCCACUGGACACCCUGCCGCUAGACCCUGACCUCCAUGAGCCCUACAUUCCUGACAUGACUUAUGAUCCAAGACAGACCUACCCUGAGCCACUCUAACAGAAAAAAAACACACUGACAGAAAAAGAGAGCACUAAUAAAUCACAGGAAGAAAGCCUGAGCAUUGGAUGGAAGAUUGGAGGUUUUCAUCACAAAGGGAAUCAGCCUUUUCCAGCAAGGGAAAAAAUCCCAUUUGGAAAUCAAGAACUAUUGAAAUUGGUUGGUUAUCUAAACAAUGUUUAUUGUUGCUGUAAAUGAAAUAAAUCUAACUUUAUUAUAAUGUUUUACUGUUGGGAGAACAUGGAGGAUAUCUGAUGUUUUCAGGCAUUGUUACAUGGGUAACUUUUUGAAGCUAUUAGAUAGGUCAAAGUGCUUUACAAUGACAGUUGAGACAUGUGAGACAACCUCAGCUGAGAAUCCUUACCAAAUCUUUUCAUCUGCAAAGAUCUAGAAACAAGUCAGAAAACUUUAAUCUGUUGAACUUUAUGACAUGAGUGCUAAAAUGUGAUGCAAUGUCUGACAGCUCAUUGGUUUAGAUUUCUCUCCCCAUGUGUAUGGCAUAAGAAAAAUAUAUGUUCCAUUUGCCUCUUAUAAAUAAAAAAACAACGUGCUGCUAGGGUAAGGGUUAGGUUCUAUGCUUGUAUAGUGAAUAUGCACUUAUUUCGGACAUCCAAAUGAAAAUCAUAUCACAGAGGAAGUGUUGGUCAAAAAUUGACGCACAGUGGAGAUAAAGUCCGGUUAUUGAACGUAUGCUAGUUUACGUCUUAAAUCUAACUUAACCCUAACCAUACCCUACAUGGUUCAUUGGUGAAACUGCAGGUGGUUAAAAUUUAUACUUAACUAUGACCCAGAAUACUGAUACAACAGCAUUACUCAUCACAAGAAAUUUGAGGUCUUGUGAAUACCAAACAUUUAAUAGAAAACAUUUUCCUCCUUACUGGCGGUAUUGCUGCCAAAUGCUACCCGUGUAUCCUAGCCUUAAGCUGCUGUCCAGUAGAUGUCUCCUGCGUGUAUUUGAACAGUGCACAUGUCCAAGGGUGUCCAUGUGUGGUUGUUGCAUGGUAAUAUAUUGUGUACUGCCCCCGCCCACACACACACACACACAUACACACAUAUCUGGGUGUAACAAACAAUUGUGAUCACACCAACCAUUUGCAAAACUUGUGAACGGCAAAACCAUGGUCCCAGCUUUACUUUCAGUAAGAAGAUACUCUUGUCAGGUAUCCACAGAAAGUUAAUUGCAAAUUCCCUCCGCUUCAGUGUCAGACAACAAAGCUCACUUUUACAAAUUACUUUUGUAGCAAGGGGCGUGUCCAAUAUUUCAGAAUUUUCAAUAUGAAACUUGUCUAACUGUAUGUCUUUGGAAAUGGCGACAGGUGAUGGUGGUGUUGCAGAGUGUAAUCAUACAGUUGUAUGCAGAAUUUUACAUUUCUUCAUCAUUUUUGGCUUGAUUUCUUUGAA